AUGGAGAGAAUACAAAAUUGGUUUUUGCAGAUCAACAUGGAGAGAAUACGAAAUUGGUUUUGGCAGAGCAAGAAAACACAAUCAUCUGGAAAUUUAGUUACUAUUCUUAGUAUUGAUGGAGGAGGUGUAAGAGGUAUUAUUCCCGCAACCAUCCUCGAGUUUCUUGAAUCACAACUUCAAAAAUUGGACGGUGAAUCUGCCAGGCUUGCCGAUUAUUUUGAUGUGAUGGCGGGAACCAAUACCGGUGGUCUUGUUGCUGCCAUGCUAAGUGCUCCAGAUGAUAAACAACGUCCGCUUUAUUCGGCCAAAGAUAUCAAAUCCUUUUACUUGGAACACUCUUCAAAGAUCUUCCCACAAUCCUCCUGGUUGGGAUCAAUUAAGAAAGUGCUUACAUCAGGACCAAAAUACGAUGGAAAAUAUCUUCACAGUAUAGUCAGAGAGAAGCUGGGGGAAAUUCGUAUGCACCAGACGUUAACCAAUAUUAUCAUUCCCACAUUCGACAUAAAAACAAGGCAUAUUAAAUUUUUCUCAUCUUACCCGCCAUGCUUGGACGCUCGACUGUCUGACGUAUGCAUCGGCGCAACUGCUAUGCCUAUUUAUUUUCCACCAUACUAUUUCAAGAACCAAGAUAGGGACGGCAAUACACAGGAAUUCAACCUUAUUGAUGGUGCUAUCUAUGCAAGUAAUCCGACUUUAAUAGCUAUCCGUGAAGUGACAAAUCAUAAUCAAAAUAUUGACUUCAAUUCCAUUAAGCCUAAGAAAUGUAGUGGUUUUCUAAUAAUAUCAUUGGGCACUGGUUCACCUGAGAAGAAAGUGGUAGAAAAAUGGGGUUUCUUAGAUUGGUUAGCCCAUGGCGUUUCCCCUCCGGAGUUUUUAACUCAAUCGUCUGGACUUGGGGUUUAUUCCCAUCUUGCUAGAUUUAAUUACUUACGAAUACAGGAUGAUACAUUGACUGGUAUAAAUUCGUCUUUUGAUAUUUCCACAAAAACCAACUUAGAAAAUCUUUGCCAAAUUGGUGAAAGCUUGUUAAAGAAACCGGUCUCUAGCGUCAAUUUAAACAAGGAGCCAGUUGAAAACACAGAAACAAAUGAAGAUGCUCUCAAAAGAUUUGCUAAAAUGCUUUCCGAUCACAGAAGGGUCAGAGAACUGAACAGAGGGACAUUUGCUCAUUGA